AUGGCGGAGACGACAACCCUCCCCAUUCUGCCCACGGCAGCACUUGUCUGCACUGUGGCCCUCGGUAUCUAUCUUUCCGUUAUAUUCCCUAUCUUCCUACACCCUCUCCGUCACAUCCCAGCGGCUCACUGGUCGAUCCCGCUCUUCGGAGACUGCUGGAUUCUGUACCAGCGUUUCCGCAGUCGAAACAAUGCCGUAACUUAUGCUGCUCAUCUGAAGCAUGGCGAGGUCGUUAGGCUUGGACGAAAUGAACUGAGUGUCAACUGCGUCGACAAUGGCAUCAAGACCAUCUAUGGAGGUGGGUUCGAGAAGCAUGCCUGGUACCCGCAGCAGUUCGCCAGCUACGGCGUCGUCAACAUGUUCUCGACAAUGCACCAUGCUCCUCACUCGCAGAAGAAGCGGACCAUGGCCAACGUUUACUCCAAGUCGUUCAUCGCCGCUUCGCCUCAAGUUGCUGCCAAUUCAAAGACUCUGAUCACCACGCGCUUUCUACCCUUGAUUCACUCCUUGGCUGAGUCAGGAGAACCGGUCAACAUGCACGAUGUUGACAACGCCAUGACCAUGGACUUCAUGUCCGCCUAUCAAUAUGGACUCGCAAAUAGCACCAACUUCACUCAAGACCUUGCUCAGCGCCAAUACAUCCUCCACCACUACCACUCCCGUCGGCCUUACGAGUUUUACUCCUCCGAACUUCCUUGGCUGAAGCCAAUGGGGGAAAAGGUUGGCAUACAUCUGGUGCCCAAGCUCCUCGACAAGGCCAAUGACAUACUGGAAGACUGGGGUCGCAACAUGUGCCAGGGCGCCGAUAGCUGGCUGUCGAACCCUACAGACAACCCCGGCGACGAGCCCGUGGUCUACAAACAGUUCAAGCAAGGCUUGACCAAUCUCCGCACCAAGAGCCCUGACGCCGGUAGAGCCAAGGAGGACCUUAUCCUUCCUACCCACACUAUCUCUCAGCAGGGCGACGACACACCCUACGAGGUAUACUCCGAGAUGCUCGACCACCUCGGGGCGGGCCACGAGACCUCGGCGGUCGCCCUGACCUAUCUCUGGCACGAGCUAGCCCAAAACCCCACUCUCCAGUCCGCCCUGCGCAAGGAGAUCCGCACGCUGAACCCGCGCAUCACCUGGCCGCUCCCGCCCGAUACCUCUCCGGAGACCUUUACGCUGCCCUCCCCAAAACAGAUCGACGCCCUCCCCCUCCUGCAAGCCACCCUCUGGGAAGUCCUCCGCCUACACGCCCCCAUCCCCGGCAUGGAGCCGCGCGUGACGCCCCCCACCCCCACCGGAACCACACUAGGCUCCUACAGCGGCAUCCCCGGCGGCGUCCGCGUCUCCGCCAUGCCCUACUGCCUGCACCGCAACCCCACUGUCUUCCCGGACCCGGAAACCUUCAACCCGCGCCGCUGGCUCGCCGACGGCCAACACACCCCACCCGCGCUCCUGAAGGAGAUGCACCGCUGGUUCUGGGCCUUCGGCUCCGGCGGCCGCAUGUGCAUCGGCAGCCACCUGGCCGUGCAGGAGAUCAAGCUCGUCGUCUGCGCCUUGAUCGGGAACUACGAGGUGAGCGUGCCGGAGGGCGGGGAUGAGGGCAUCGAGGCUAUCGACGCGUACACGGUAAGGCCGACGAGUAAUCGACUGAUGGUGAAUUGGAAGGUGGCGCGUGUGUAG